ACCAAAGACAGAUAUAAAAGCAUAGUAACCGAGAAAAUUUUAUUGUAAGUUAAUAAAUUGUAGAAUAACAGAUACAUAAUAAAUAAUAAUAAUUAAACAUUUUGCCAUGUAAAAUAUGACUAAUCAUAAUUACAGAAAAUCAUUAAAAAAAAAUAUCAGUAAGUGUGUGUGAGUUAAACUGAGCUCUGGCACCUCAGAGGAACAUUAAUAGUCGUGUAAAUUACAAUGAUGCAUUUACUCAAUAGUUUCAUGUAAAGGAAGGUAGUCUUGAGGUGUCUUAAGGUAGGACUUUUGGAGUUUAGAACGGCUGAUACAUUAGUUUUAAACAAAUAUUUAAAAAAAAUAGUUUCAAAGUUUGUUUUUUUAUGAAUAUGUGAAUAUGCAUUACUUUCUCUUAUUUUUUUGCUAUCAUCCUGAUAACAGAAUCACUAGAGUUUGCCUAUUAAAAAUUAAUCUCAAAAUCUAUAAAUAGCUAGUAAAACUGGUCACUGGUUUACAGAUGACAAUGUGCUCAAGCAGUCCCUUCAGAUGCUUAGGCUAAAUAAAAAGCCUUAUUCAACAACAAACUAUUGGUUUGGACCAUCUUCCCCUGCACUGAGAAGAGUAACAGUUUCUGAGUGGAAAUCAACUAUACAAUGCCUUUAGGAGAGGAUGAAAAUGGAUGGAAAAAGAAGACAACUGACAUCAAGGAAAAUUACGAUUUCAAGGAGGUCUUGGGGACAGGUGCGUUCUCUGAGGUGUUCCUGGCAGAGGAGAAGAAGACCCAGCGACUUGUGGCCAUUAAAUGCAUCCCUAAGAAAGCGUUGCAGGGAAAGGAGAACAGCAUUGAGAAUGAGAUUGCUGUGCUACACAGAAUAAAACAUGAAAAUAUUGUUUCACUGGAAGACAUCUUCGAAAGUCAGUCGCAUUUGUAUUUGGUCAUGCAGCUCGUAUCGGGGGGAGAGCUCUUUGACAGGAUUGUGGAAAAAGGCUUCUACACAGAAAGAGAUGCCAGCAAACUCAUUCGGCAGAUUUUAGAUGCGGUCAAGUAUCUGCAUGAUAUGGGCAUUGUGCACAGAGACUUGAAGCCAGAGAAUCUGUUGUACUACAGUAUGGAGGAGGACUCCAAUAUCAUGAUCAGUGACUUUGGCCUGUCUAAGAUCGAGGACUCGGCAAGUGUGAUGUCAACUGCCUGUGGAACACCUGGAUACGUAGCUCCAGAGGUCUUGGCACAAAAACCAUACAGUAAAGCUGUAGACUGUUGGUCCAUAGGAGUGAUUUCUUAUAUUCUCUUAUGUGGCUACCCUCCAUUUUACGAUGAACAUGACGCCAAGCUGUUCGAGCAGAUUCUCAAAGCAGAGUAUGAGUUUGACUCUCCGUACUGGGACGACAUCUCUGACUCAGCCAAGGAUUUCAUCAGUCACUUGAUGGAGAAAGAUCCGACUCUGAGAAACACUUGUGAACAGGCUUUACAGCACCCAUGGAUUUCUGGAGACACGGCUCUCGACAGGAACAUUCAUGAGUCUGUCAGCGCUCAGAUCAAGAAGAACUUUGCCAAAAGUAAAUGGAAGCAAGCAUUCAAUGCGACAGCAGUGGUCAGACACAUGCGGAGACUGCAGCUGAGCACCAGCUUAGAGGGGCCGAGCCAAAUCACCAGCACCAGCCCCUACCACAGACACCUGCUCCUGCCCGCCAAAGAGCUCGACCACGAGGAGGACGAGGACGAGGAGGAAGACCACAACAGUUCCCCAAGUGCAGACGGGCGUCGAGGAAGUGCCGAUCGGGACAGUCUCAGAAGCUGUACUUACUGCUGCCGACCAGCCAGCAGGAUCUGAAGCAGAACUCUGAGCCCAGCAGAACCUUGAGGAACCCAGUGGAACCACACAUGCACGUCCACCGCACCAGUCUGACCUGGAACACAGAGCUUUCCUGGUAACAUGCACUAGAUGGAGCUAGUGCUGCUGGUGGGACGUGAGAGGAGAGCGUCAUUGUUCCAGACAUUCAGACUUGGGUAUAUCAUAGAAAUGUAACUCCUCUAUCAUUUUAAUUUGAUUACUAUCUCUGAACCCCUACCAAAGACAAAAAUAUGUUUAAGUUGUGCGUUUAUGGAAAGUUUAAUUAUUUAUUUAUUAUCAUUAUUUUUUUAAAGAAAAAGUUCAGGUCUGUACCCUGUAGCAAUUUGGACUUUCUUUGAAAGCCACUAGUUAUACAAUGUCUCAACAAAUAUUAAUGUCUUAAUAAGCCCCAUUUGCUCAGCCGAUAAGUUCAUGAGAAAAAAAAAAAAAGAUAAUCAUAUCAUUUUUAAGCCUUAAUCCAUUGCGGUUCUGUUUUGUAAGGUCUGUUGGGUAGAGUUGUUGAUUUUGUUGUUGAUUUUGGGAUAUGGUUCAGACUGGUACAAAGCUGCAUAUAAAGUCAGAGCAGGGGCAUUUCCAAGCUGUAAUGGAAAUCACAGAAACUUUUUGUGGGUAAAAACCUUCAUAUGAAGCGUGUGGACAGAACAGGGGUUAGAAGAUUUGAGUCACAGUCCAGAUGCUUUUUUUUUACACCCAGAUUAAAUGCAAUACUUGGAUAAUCUCCACCAUUAAUAAAGAUUUCUAAUUUUAGAUUUAUGGGGCAAAAGUAGUCUGUAGCUCAGUUCCAAAACCUACAUUUAAAAAGAAUUUAUUUAGAUCCUAAAUUAAGAUGUAUGUAUUUGAAUUUGCAUAUAAAAUAUGCAUAUAUUUGAAUUACAGUUUUAACAUUAACAAACUCACAACUUAAUGUAAUGCAUUUUUGACAAUCAUAAAUAAAUGAAAGAAGAUUUCUCUAAUAUUACUAAUAAAAUUUAACCAGGUUUAUAUUUCUGAUUUGUUUUGAUCGAAUGCAUAUUACUAAUUAAAUAUUGCUUGUUCUAGAGCAAGCCAUAUUUUAACCAUAUUCUUAUUUUAUUUUAACUGAAUAAAUUUAAUAGUUUGCACAAUUAACAGAUUAAUGCAAAUUCUAAGCAAUUUGAAUAAAUGCAUUUUGACAAAUGAAAGAGGUGAGAUUUUUUGCAAUAAUACUAAUAAACUACAUGUGUUUUAAAUAAACAAUAACCAAGGUUUAUAUAUUUACCAUCAAUAAAUUAAAUUUGAUUAUCUAUCUUAUUAAUCGAAUUAAUGAAUAUAAUGAAUGCAUGUUCAUACUUUUAUUUUAACUGAAUAAAUGUAAUUGUUUCCACAAUGAACAGAUUUACGCUGAUAAACAAUUCGAAUAAAUGCAUUUUGAGAAUAUAAUUAUUUAAAUAAAAUUCCCAAGAUGGAAAUAGUUCAUAAUAAACUAUGCCAUGCAUUUUUUUGUAUGUGUGCAGAAAUCUUAUCCAUUUUAUUUAUUCAUGACUGACAAAUAUGCAUUACAUUAAGUUUAUUAAUUUGUUUACACUAAAUCUGUGCAAUUCAAAUAGAUGGUAAUAUUACACAAUUCAAAUACAUAAAUCUUAAAUGUAAACACGAGUUAAGUGAGAAGGAAUCAGAUGCACACUCCUGGUCCAAAAUAUGUCUUUUAAGAAGCCUCAUAAAUCUAAGGCAGAUUGUAUCCUUUGCUGCGAAAGCAAUCUCAUAAUGCAGUGCAACAAGCUAAGUAAAUAUAUAUUAAAAAGGAUGAAUAAAAACACUGUUUUAGCCAAUAUUUGUGAGAGCUAUGUGGAGUUAUGCUUUUUAGAGUAUGCUGGCAUCAAACUCCAUUGCAGUUGUGAGUCGAGUGUCGUAUUGCGCUAUACAUGUGAGGCACUAUUUGUUGUAGAGUGUUUCAAAUCAGUUACUUACGAGAUUCCAUUUAAAUUAUUCUGCCUUAGAGGGUUUUGGAACAGAUGUUGAUGAACUACUUUGUCGCAAUAGUGAUGUAGUUCUGCAACCAAAAUGAUUUAUCUGUCCAUGAUUAUCAGUUAUUCCAAGUUGUGCAUGUUUUGGAAGCUGAUUGGUUGAUUGGUUAAGGUUCUUUUGUUUGGGUUGCUGGCCAUAAUCUGUACUGUUCUCCUGUGCAGAAGACGUCUAUUGUUUGCAUGACCUCGUAAAAAUAUGUUUACAAAAGCGAUGAUCAAAAUAUAAAAUAUACAUAAACAUAUUCAUAUCUUUACAAAACUAAUCACAUAAUAAGACAUACUAUUUCUGUCACAAGUCAUUGGGAGGCACAAGAAAUUUGGACACUUAAUCCGUUUCUUUUUCUAUUUCUUUAUAAAAUAUACAUAUAACUUUAUCUUAAGAACUCAAUACUGGCCUUAUUUUAAACUGGAUUAAUACAACAAAAAAAACAAUGCAAGAACAUUUAUCACCUUGUUCAUCGAUAUAUAUCAUAUCUGUGCCAAUUUGCGCACAUUACUUACUUGAAGCCAACAAUAAUAUAUAUAUAUAUAUAUAUAUAUAUAUAUAUAUAUAUAUAUAUAUAUAUAUAUAUAUAUAUAUAUAUAUAUAUAUAUAAAAGCUUUUGUUUUUUUGCUAAUGGACACCUAAUAUUAAAAACAUUUUCCUUUAAAUCAUGAUUAGUUUUAAGUUGACACUCCAUCUGUGUGAUAUAAUUAUUUAUCAUUUAUUUGCAUAAAGUACAUUUCUAGUUUGUCAGAACAGUGUUGUCAGUGCAACAGCAUUUUUAUUUUCAGUGUAAAAUGCUUUUGUUUUAAUUUAAUAUUUAUUCAAUUCAAUGAAAUUCUAAAAUAUUAAGUACAUCAAUAAUUAAAAUAUUUAAUUUUAGAACUGUGUCAUUCCCAAGUGCAAUCAUCGAUUUAAUUAGUAUAAAAUUGCAACAGUCUAAUGAGCAGUUCAGCAAUCAGUUCAUUAUGGUAAUUAUGCAAACUGCCUCAGAAGGGCUGAUUAAAUAUCAUUAGAAGUCAUCUAUGACAUACUUUGGCUUUUGAAAAGUACUAGGAAGUUACACCCCAGUUUUUGGGUAGUUAAUUCCUCCCUUGUUCAAUUUGUUUUUGUCAUGGAAGUGCACACACUUCAGGAAGUGAAGAGGAGACACAAAUACAGUAUGUGUAUUAUACAUAAAGACGAUGUAUACAUAUAUUGUAUACCUUUUUUUGUAAAAGCUACAAAUGUAUGGAUGCAAUGCAUCAUGUGUUAUUGAUGGAGUUAUAAAGAGCCAAUGAUUUGUACCCUUAAAGAUAUACAGGUAGUAGCACGUUAUGAAUAAACACUCCUUGUCUAUGCAUUGUGUGUUCAGUAAAAUCUUUGUGUACAGUGCAAAUAAAGUUCACAUCAAAGUGCUAUGCAAA